AUUGCAACUUUAACAAGUGGAAAAGCCCACGUAGGACUUAGCUGUACCUAUUUCUGGUUGGUGUUUGGCUUUCAGCCUGUCUCUGCCUCUUGUGUAUCAGGAAGGAUAUGAGGUCAAGUUUCAUCCCAGCACCAGCUGAACCACCCAUCCCCUGCAUUUCCCUCAGCCCUUGGAGAAGCGAGCAGCCCGGCUCUGUCAUUGACUCGGCCCCAGAGAAAACAAUGCUACCAGCCAGCAUUGCAAGCCUUUCCAGCAGUGUGUAUGCAGUGUCGGGCAACACUACCACCAGAUUUCUGCUGUUCAAGAGUGUCCACGGGCAAGGGGAGAUCUUCACUGAGGUGUCAGAUAGCGAGUUGCACCCUGGAGACAUCUUGCUCUUCCCCUUGGACAGAAGCAAUAACAUCGUUGUCCAGAUGAUCUUCAAACAUGCAGCCGUCUACUGUGGGGAUGACGAGGUCAUUCACUUUGUGGCCACCGGCACUCAGAGGAAACGUGAUGUGAUCAGCAGUCGGACGACUUCUGGUGUCAUCGCCAAAGAAGGUUUGGUGAAAAUGGAAAAGGAGAGGGGAAAGUACCUGAUUUACCGGAAAAUAGAUGGGGUUAAUCUCAAUGAUUUCCGGAGAAAAGUCAAGGAGGCGAUGAACAGCGAAGCUGAGUAUUGCGCCAGCAAGAACAACUGCAUCCACUUCGCCCUCUCCCUCCUGGGCUUGGAGGAGUUCUCCUCAGAACUGGUGCAAAUCCAAGAUGAAGUUGACAGCAGCCACAGUGAGACUGCCAUCUGAAGCCAUCCCAGCCCAGUGGGGCAGGGGAGCAGCCACACGGCGUGAGGGGUGGCAGCCCCAUGUCCCCCAAGGACGAUCCAAAUGACCCAGGAGGAGCCUCAGCAUCGCCCUGCGCACCCCAACAACUCGCCCAGGGAAGGAGCUUUUCUUUGGGAGGGUGGGGGACGUUGCUUUCUGCUUCCUGGAGGUUAAUUGCCAUGCGCUAAUCAAAUGUUUUCUUGAACUUCGCUACCUGAAACCUGCCCGAUUUCCUCUGCUGCCUCAGUCCUUCCUGGUGGGCUGAGAGAGCUGCCCAGCUGCCACCAGCCUCUCAGGGCUUCAUAGCUGCCCAAGAUAAUAAUGAGUGAAACAGCAGCUAAUAUUGGUAAUUACAACUGAAGAAUAGUAAUAACAGCAACAAUAAUGUUUUCUAUAAUUAAACAAAUAAUAUGCAAAACAUAA